CCUAUACCUCCCUAUACCUCCAUUGGUAUGGGGUUGAUUUUUCAAAUACAUCCAUAACUACUUAUGUAUUGAGAUAUUGCUGUUUGACAAUAAGCUCGACUAGUGGUCAUUUUUGGGUUAUAUUCCUUAAAGGUGAUCUCCCCAAGGUCCAACGUGCCGUUUGCAACACCACCGCCAUCGCUGAGGCCUGGGCUCGUCUUGACCACAAGUUCGAUCUCAUGUACGCCAAGCGUGCUUUCCUCCAUUGGUACACCGGAGAGGGUAUGGAUGAGGGAGAGUUCUCCGAGGCCCGUAAGGAUCUGGCUGCCCUGGAGAAAGACUACGAAGAGGUCGGAGUUGAUUCCGUUGAUGGAGAAUGAGAAGAGGAAGGAGAAGAAUACUAAAUACUCCAUUCUCCAAAGUGAAUUUGUGUGGACAUUAAACCUUCAACAUUAGGAACGUUUUUAACAGUACAAUUAAUUGCC